AAUGUUCUAAUGGCAAAAAAAAAGAAUACAUGAAGGUUUUCAUCCAAAAUAAUAUGUUAACUGCGGGUUAAAGUCCUUUACAUUGGCACCAAGGUUUGAUUAGAGAACCAAAACAACAACAUCGAUUCGUACUCAAACAAAUUCGCACUAUGUCGGGCAGGGACUGGGAGCAGGAUGAUGUACGUCUUAACAACUACAAUGGGGAAUAUGAGCCAAGGAUGCUACAACACUCUGUCAACAACCUGCGCUUAAUACUGGAGAGACAGACCUCGGUGACUUGGCAGAGGAUUUCCCAGAAAACUGGGUUGUAUGAUAACAGGGCUCAGGAUGUGUGGGGGAGGCACUCGACAUACUUCUCAGAGUCAGAUCUUCCCAAGCACAGGGAGGCAGGGGAGCAGUAUGGACAACAAGUUGAUGGGAACUAUGAAAGUGGAGAUGUUGGAGGUGAAGAUUUUAGACCCACAGCUGCUGGACAGAGAGCUACAGCCAGCCCUCCAGAUGACCACAGCCUUAAGACAGCUUCAGAUUCUGGGGCUGGGGAACUGUUUGUUCUGGACUACAAGGGAACCUCAGACAAGGCCAGCACAAGUUCCACUACGUCAGAUUCAAAAGCAGACAAAGAGAAAAAAAUCGAGCAUAUACAUGCAGGAUAUCACGAUAAUGGACAUGAGAACUCUAGCAAGAAACCUGAAGAUCUAGAAGACUCAGCUACCACACAAUCAGAAAGUGCAAAAGAUGUUGGAGAUUCAGCUAACACCAAGGAGACGCUCAAUCCUGAUUCCAACACCACCAUCACCUCAGUUGACUCUGAAUGUAUGAUUGUAGGAGUCACAGAUGGGCAGGAGGUUUAUACAGUGUCAGAUGAGGAUAAUGUGGAUGAAGAUUUAGUAAUUGUAGAGGGCGUUGAAGGAACAGAAGUGGAAGAAGGUGAACUGGUUGAAGACAAGCCUCAACAUGAUGAUGUUGUAGUCUCAAUUGACAUUGAAAAGAGUAAUGAGGAUGAACCUGGUUCGAAUGUAAAAAACGUAGAAGUUAACCGUUGUUAUAAGUGUGAUCUUUGUGACUUUCAACAGGCAGAUAGGCAGUUAAUGGAGAAACACCUUCAGGAAUGUGGCCACUAUAGAGCAACAGCAUACAUGGCAACAUUGUCAGGAGAACUGGUGUCAUCCUGGACACCACCAUUGUCGUUCAAAGUUGGGCGUCCAUUUACCAGCAAGCUUGUUGUCUGUGUGUCAUGCAGAGCAAAUUUCAAAACCAUUCAUGAAUGUGGAAUGCAUUACAGCCUCAGCCAUGACAGUACUCAUACCCAGCACAAGUAUGGCCUGAGUGAAGUGAUGCAAGAAACACUGUGUACGUUCCCAGAGAGCUGCGUGUGCGAAGUGUGUGGCAAGGUGAACCAUUCCCACAAGGAAUACAUGCAACACUGCCUUGUAUCCCAUCACUUACCUUUCACUAAAGUGAAAAAGGACCAUUCCACCUUGUUUGUCUGUUUGCACCAUGAUUUGCUCUGUCAAUCAUUCCAGGAUAUCUGUCACCAUUUGGAACAAAAGCACAGAAAAAAGGGUAUUAAACAGUAUCUGGUCAUACAGUACUCCAAAAGUUUCGAAACAAAGGAUCUGCUUUUUUCCCCGCUUCAGAGGGGACAGGGAUUAGUCAAAGAUUCGGCAAUGUCCAAGAAACAUAAACUCAUCAAUACAUCAUAUCAGGAGCUGUUUACAAAUACAGGUACAAGCAGAAAGUCAGUAUUCUACAAAUGUGAUUACUGCAGUGUAGAAAACGAGGAAGAAAUUGCAAUGAGGGAUCAUUUUAAAUCAGCAGAGCACGCCAGUGCGAGCGAGUUGUCACGUAGCAAUUCAGGUGAAGUGGUCAUCAACACCCCGUCUGUCAUUAAAUACCCCCCCGCUCUUUUUAUCAACACUGCGAUUGUUUGCCCCGCCCCAGAUUGCUAUGAUGUGUUUAUUAAUCCGUUCCAAUGUACAGAACACUACUACAAGGUCCAUACUGGGAAUGAAAUGGGAUAUGGGCUCGCUACUGUAGAGGCAGAUACUUGGUUUACUUACCCCAUAGCAAAGAGAUAUCAAGAAUGUCCAGUGUGCAAAACAAGUUUUAAAAAGCUGUAUCAGCUGGAUUCACACUUCAAGUCUACUGGCCAUUCAUAUUUCUCACCAAGAGAGAAUUGUGUUACCAUGUUGUACUGCAAGUAUUGUUGUCGCUGCCUUUCAUCUUUCAAAAAUAUCGUGAACCAUCUUAAGCAAGCUCAUGGCCAACAGCUUUGGGACCAGGUAAACAUCCGCGUGUUUUUCCUCAGAAAAAUGAAGGAGACAGUUCCAAUGCCACCGUUCAGUUCUGAUAUUCUAGGUGAGCGUAAUGCCGUUUUAUCGGAAAUACGGGAAAUGAAGAAAUUGAAAAAAGAAAUGGGAAAGUCAGCAAAGAAAAAAAUGAGCCAAAAAAUCCGGGAAAUGAGAAAGAUGCUCAAAUAAACUUACCGUAUAGCUGCUAUUACACAGAUAAAGGUGACUUUUUUAUUUCUCAAGAUUAGACAAGAUAUUUUCACUCUCAUUUUCACUAUCCUUCCAGUGCGUAGGCACUUCCUACCUGGUCUUGCUUGAUUUGUUUAUCUUUUUGAAUUGCAUUUAAUUGGUAACAUUUUAGUUACCGAUAUAAAGAUUGUUUUGCCAUACAUUGUUGAGUUCAAUUUUCGUUAUAUGAACACAUGUUAAAGCAUCUUAGUUAAGAAAAACUUAGACACAUAAGUUUGUUAGUGAUUUUGAAUGUCCGGCUGACUUUGUGAUAUAAGAAAUCAACAAGUACUUUGACAUGUUUUGCUUUUAAGCAGAAAUAAGUAAGUGUAGAGUGUAUGCUGUUUGUACAGGUAGUACAGCUUAUUAAUGGAAGCCCUGUAACACUUAUUAAAGUAUUUGUGGUACCUGGUAUUAAUAAUGCUUGUUUAAUGUUAAAGACUAUUUGAUUUAAAACUCUUCGGAAAUAAAGACUCUCAAGAUAA